GACUUGCAUAAGUAUUUUCCUAGGGAAUCUAUUAACACUCAUUCAGAAGUUUGAGAAAAACAGGAUUGUUAGUCUGAACUCUGAAGAGAAAAAAAUGAGUGAUUGUGAAAAUGUUAAAAAUGGUGAAAAGUUAGAGGAACUGGUGAAGAAAAUAGAAGAGGAAUUCUGGGUACCAGUUGAAAUGCUGAAGCAGUUGGCUGAUGAUAUGGAGUUGAUGAUGAGAAAAGGUCUCGAAGAUGAAGAUUCUAGUUGUAUCAAGAUGCUUGUUUCUUAUGUUGAUUCUCUGCCUUCUGGUGAUGAAAAGGGAUGUUAUUAUGCAUUGGACUUGGGUGGGACAAACUUCCGUGUAAUGCGAGUUAAAUUGCAGGGGAAUAGGACUAUUGAUCUAAAAACCGAGUCUUAUAAGGUGCCUCCUAACAUUAAGGUUGGAAAGUUACAUGAACUGUUUGAUUAUAUAGCGGAAAAAAUUUGUCAUGUUAUAGAAACGGAAACUGAUUCAGAGAUUGUUCCUGGGAAAAAGAGAGAGCUUGGGUUUACUUUCUCAUUCCCAGUGCAGCAAACAAGGAUCAACUCUGGUACUCUCAUUAAUUGGACAAAGGAUUACAAUGUACAAGAUGCUAUUGGCAAAGACAUGGUGAAAGAGCUGACAAGGGCUUUAGAGAAACGAGCUGUUGAUGUAAACGUGACUGCUUUGCUUAAUGAUACUGUUGGUGCUUUGGCCGGAGGGAGAUUUUACGACAGUAAUGUUGUUGCAGCAGUUGUUUUGGGUACAGGAACAAAUGCAGCUUAUUUGGAACAGUCUGAAAACAUUCUAAAGCCGUAUGGUCCUCCACCGGAAUCAGGACAGAUGGUUAUUAACACAGAAUGGGGCAAUUUUAACUCUCCACUUCUUCCACUAACCGAAUAUGAUCAUGCAUUAGACAGUGAUAGCCCAAACCGCCACAAACAGAUUCUAGAAAAGAUGGUUUCUGGUAGAUAUCUGGGAGAAAUAGUGCGUAGAAUUUUGGAACGGUUAGCUGAUGAUGCUGCGCUUUUUGGCGACAUUAUUCCUCCAAAACUGCGACAGCAUUAUGUAUUGGCGACGUAUAACGUUGUGGAAAUGCAUAGUGACAAAUCCACUGAAUUGAGUGUUGUUGAGAAAUGCCUGGAAGAGGUUUUUGAGAUAAGUGAUGUAUCCUUAGAGAAGAAGAAUGUUGUUGUGAAGAUAUGCGAUAUUGUUGCUACACGAAGUGGUCGCCUUGGCGCUGCUGCAAUAAUGGCAAUCCUGAAGAGGUUACGGAAGGACACAACCAAGAAUGGGGAGAGUGUAGUUGUUGCUGUUGAUGGAUCAUUGUUUGAAACGUACAAACAGUUAAAUUCAUGCCUGCAGAAGACUCUUUCAGAAGAGUUGGUAGAUGAACAAGUCUCCAAAAUGCUUCUUCUUAAACACUUUAAAGAUGCUUCAGGCAUUGGUGCUGCCGUUGUUGCUGCUUCACACUCCAUUUACACUUGAUAUUACCACCAAUUCAUUUUUAAUAACAUUGCUGCUAUAUUUGUUACGUGAUAAUGUGUUAAAGUUGAUCGAUCGGGAUAUGAUUUUCUUAAGAUGGAUCUUUUCUAAUUUGAUUAUUCCAUCUAAUGUAAAAUAAAAUUAGGCAUGUUGAAAUGUCUAAUGUGCUUUAAUAUUAUUAUAAACCUGGUAAAUAGUUAACUUUUGAUCAUUUGACAAGUUAAA